AUGAAAGAAAAUUUUCAUAGCAAAAAAGUUGCUUCAUUUUUUCAAUCAUCGAAUUAUCUUCAACGUUAUCAACUUUAUUUAAAUGUAGAUUAUUCACAAUUAUCUAUUGACGUAAUUUCGUCAUUAAUUAAAACUACUCUUACAUCUGAAUCUGGUUCAGAUGUUAAACGCAGAAUUUUGAAAGUAAAUAAUACUAUUAGAGUAGCAGGUCAACUUAAUUGGCAAAUACCUAAUAAACAAUUUGUUUGUGGUCUAUCCACGUUACUUUAUGAUCAUAAUUCAUUUGUAGGAGAAGUUAAUGGUGAACCAAUUGCGAAUUGUUUUGCAAUAUGUGCAUAA